ACACAAAUUGCUUCAUUCCACAACUGCUCCCAAUCCUCCAUAAAGUUUUCCCAGGACCAUAAAUCUUGAAUUUAAUAAAAUAAAAAAAAAGAAAAAAAAAAUUUCUUGCCCAACAACACUUUAUCUGAACCAUUUAGCAUCCCAAAUUCCCAAUGCUUUUGGGCUACCACCUUCUUCCUUCCCUUCAGCCCCUAUAAUCACUGUGGAAUGUGGAUGUGUGGAUAAGUCUUCUGCAAAGUGUUGUUGACAUGGAGUUCCAAUGGAAGAGAUGACAUUGGCUGGGUUUUAUUUGUAAAAAAAACUCUUGCAAAGUAAACAAACAUGGUUGGGAGAGAUAUAAAGGCGGGCCAGUCUGAUCUCACAACCAAGGUUCAGAAGAAGCCUGUCAAAGAUUUUGUCAGGAAGUAUGAAAGAAAGAAAAUGCAGCAACCUAUUUCCAAUUCACAUUCCCGAACAACAAUUAGUUGCAGUAUCUGCUUGAGUGGAGAAAGCUGCCAAAUUGUUCGUGCAAGAACUCAACGAAUGGAUAUUCUAAUAAAAGGAAAGAAAGCACAUGAGGCACAGAUCGUAUUUGAUGGCUUAAUAGAGCAGGGGCAUAAGCCAUCAUUGGUAACAUACACGACUCUGUUAGCUGCCAUGACAGCACAGAAGAAGUUCAAGUCCAUCAUGUCGCUUAUUUCUCAGGUAGAAAGCAGCGGCAUGAAACCUGACUCGAUAUUCUUCAAUGCCAUCAUCAAUGCCUUCUCUGAAGCAGGAAAGAUCGAUGAAGCCAUGAAAACCUUUUGGAAUAUGAAGGAAAGUGGAUGUAAAUCAACAACUAGCACUUUUAACACCCUUAUCAAAGGAUACGGCAUUGUUGGCAAGCCUGAAGAAUCAUACAAGCUUCUAGAUAUGAUGUCCCAAGAAGAAAACACAAAGGCAAAUACGAAAACAUACAAUAUACUAAUCAAAGCAUGGUGUGAUCAGCAAAACAUGGGAGAAGCUUGGAAUAUCAUGCAUAUGAUGCAUGCUUCUGGUAAUCAGCCUGAUGUUGUAACUUACAACACUAUAGCCAGAGCUUAUGCUAAGAAUGGAGAAACAAUGAAAGCCGAGGAGCUCAUAUUAGACAUGGAUGGAAAGAUCCGUCCUAAUGAGCGAACCUUGGCAAUCAUUGUCGGUGGUUAUUGCACAGAAGGUAGCACAAAAGAUGCACUAAGGUGUCUCCACCAAAUGAGGGUUUAUGGUGUGUGGCCAAAUGUUAUUGUAUUCAACACUUUGAUUAAGGGAUUUCUGGACACAGAAGACAUGGAUGGGGUCAAUGAAGCUUUGUCAUUGAUGGAAGAACUUGGUGUCAGACCAGAUGUUGUAACAUAUAGUCAUCAAAUGAAUGCAUGGGGUGCGAUGGGGCUUAUGCCAAAAUGUUUGGAGAUUUUUGAUGAUAUGGUGGCCAAAGGAGUGACACCAGAUGAGCAGGUAUACAGUAUUCUUGCCAAAGGAUAUGUACGGGCACGUGACCCUGCCAAAGCUGAAGGGGUUCUACAAACAAUGUAUGAUCUGGGGAUUCAACCCAAUGUUGUCACAUACACUACAAUAAUCAGUGGUUGGUGCAGUGCAGCUAACAUGGACAAUGCGAUGAAAAUCUAUGAGAAAAUGUGUGAAUCCGGUGUGUCGCCGAAUAUAAAAACUUUUGAAACACUCAUAUGGGGUUUCGGAGAAGUGAAGCAGCCAUGGAAGGCAGAGGAGAUGCUUCAGUUGAUGAAGAAUGCUGGAGUGAUACCGAAGAGGAACACUGUGCGUCUUGUUGCUGAAACAUGGAGAGCUGUUGGGCUGCAAGAUGAAGCCAGCAGGGUACUGGAAUCAUUAAAUAAUCAUGGAGCAACCAAUAAACUGAAUGUAUCAGCUAAUGGAAAUCAGAAUUUGAAUGCAUCUUCAAGGAAUGUACUAGCUGAUGGACUGCAGCUCGGAGGAAGUAAUGGGAGGAAAAUAGUGUUGCAGGAUACUGAGCUUAUGUCUGAUAGCCUGAAAACUGCUGUGAAAUCGAUGUUCCAAGGUCGUGCGCAGGUAUUUGGAGUAAAGCCUCCAAUUAUCUGCAGAAGGCAGUGUCAAAUGCAGUAUGGGAUUUUUGGGUUCAAUUCAUGCAAGGUUGUAUUUCUGAGCUGAAGUAGCUGAUCAAUUCUGGCAAAAAGACCAGUCAUUAAUCCUCAAUUGCAUUAAAAGGUUUCUGCGAGACAAUGUGCUUUGCUUAAGGAGAAACAGAGUAGAAAACACUAGUUCUCAAGAAGCCAAAGUUAUUCAGACACAUAGAUAUCCACAAUACUGAUUCUGUUUCUUUUGUCAGACAAAUGCCUGGCAGGUGAUACUGUCUUUUUUCUCUCUUUUCUAUUUGAUGUUCAAAAUUUUCAUCAUGAUUCAACUGAAUUGCUUUUACCUUCA